AGAAAGUGAAAGGUAUGAAUAUUAAUGGAAUAUUAUCUUAAUUGGCAAAGAAUCCUCCUAAAAUCAAGAGUGGAAUAACUGAGACUUGAGCUAAUUUAAUGGCUACUUCAAUUUGGAAUGACAUUUGAUAAAAAUAAUCCAUAUGAUAUAGCAUAUUAUAGCAAUAAGAAUUUACCUACAUAAUUAUCACUUAAUACAAUAACAUAAAAAACAAGAAUAACGCAAAUAGAAUGUUAAUUUAUUUGAAAUAGAAAUUUAGCAAAUGAUUUAGCACAAAAGAAGGAAUGAAUACUAGAAGUUUUAUUAACCUUUCUCUUUAAAAUAAU